AUGAUAAUCUUCAACCAGUCCAGCUUCAUCACAUUCACUUUGAUGGGCAUACCUGGCUUAGAGUCACAGCACUUGUGGCUCUCUCUUCCUUUCUCCUGCAUGUUUUUGGCUAUCCUCAUUGGCAAUGGUGCUAUCCUCUUCCUGGUGGCCACAUAUCCAACACUUCACACACCAAUGUAUCUUCUCCUGGCCCUGCUGAUGGUGGCUGACCUCGUAUCCACUCUGGCUCUGGUGCCCAAGCUCCUCUGCAUCUUCUGGUUCAAUGAUCAGGACAUUGCUGUUAAUGGAUGUUUCACCCAGAUGUUUUUCAUCCAUGGUGCAUCUGUGGUGCGAUCCGCCCUACUUGUGGUAAUGGCUUUUGACCGAUAUGUGGCUGUGUGUAAACCAUUGCACUACAACACAAUCCUAAGCCAUUCUCUAGUUGGACGUUUGGGGCUGGUGGCUUUAGCCAAGGGUGUGAUUCUUAUUCUACCCAUGCCUCUUCUACUUCAAAGGCUGACCUUCUGUCACAUGGUCAUACCUCACACCUACUGUGACCAUAUGGCUGUGGUAAAAAUGGCCUGUGACCACACCAGACCCAAUCGUAUCUAUGGGCUCUUUGUGAUCCUUCUUGUGGUGGGACUUGACCUCCUGCUCAUUGGCUCUUCUUAUGCCCUCAUUCUGCAGGCUGUGGUGCGCCUCAACUCUCGAGAUGCCAUCUACAAAGCCCUCAACACCUGCUCAGCUCACCUUUUUGUCAUCCUUGUUUCCUAUGUGCCUGCACUCUUUUCCUCUCUUACCCACCGAAUUGGUCGCAAUAUCCCACUUCAUGCUCACAUUCUCCUUGCUAAUCUCUACCUUCUUCUGCCCUCACUGUUCAACCCCAUUAUCUAUGGCAUAAAGAUGAAGGAAAUAAGGAAUAAGGUGGCUAAACACCUGGGCAGAGAAACUGCAUAG